AUGGCGCGGCGGGGGCGGGGGAGAAGGGGGGGAGAGGAGGGGCGGGUGGAGGCUGAGAGCGCUGAGCUGUCUGCCCCGGCUCCGGGGCCUCUGCGUCCCCUGGCGGCCACGCCUGGCGAAGUGGCGCUCAGCGGCCUGCUUCCCCGCCUCUUCGCCCUCCGGGAUGGAGCCACCAGCUACAGAGCUGGUGAUGGGCAGCCUCACCCAUCAGAGCAGGACGAGACUCUCGAGCCCAUCCCAGCCAGGGCAGCUGUGCACUGGCCUAACACCAAGAUUAUGGAGAGAAAUGAGUGUGAAGAAGAGGGAGAAAGCAGGGCAGUCAAGGAGGAAGUAUGGAAGUAUGAGGAGGUGUCUGAGUGUCCUGGUUCUCUAGGGACCACUUUUGGGCACCUGGUGACCUGUGCUCUUUCCCCUCAGGUCACGGGAUGCUGGUCCUGCUGCUGCCUGAAAGAAAAGGUCAAGAAGCAGUCACAGGACCAGAAGCUGCUCCCAAAAAGAGUGGUGGUCCUCAGCCUGCCCAGCGCCUGGGCAGAGAAGGCCUGCAAGAGCACCUGCCCAGAGGCCUGCUCCUGCAGCAGCUUGGAGCGCAGCUGCUUGGUGCGCUGUGACCGCGCUGGCCUCCUGCGGGUGCCAGCCGAGUUCCCGUGUGAGGCAGCCUCCAUUGAUCUGGACCGGAACGGCCUACGCUUCCUGGGUGAGCGGGCCUUUGGCACGCUGCCGUCGCUACGUCGCCUGUCGCUACGCCACAACAAUCUGUCCUUUAUCACGCCUGGUGCCUUCAAGGGCCUGCCACGCCUGGUAGAGUUGCGCCUGGCACACAACGGCGAACUACGAUAUCUGCAUGCGCGCACCUUCACUGCGCUGGGCCGCCUGCGCCGCCUGGACCUGACAGCCUGCCGCCUCUUUAGCGUGCCAGAGCGCCUUCUGGCUGAGCUUCCUGCCCUGCGGGAGCUCAUCGCCUUCGACAACCUGUUUCGCCGUGUGCCAGGUGCGCUGCGUGGCCUGGCCAACCUGACGCAUGCGCACCUAGAGCGCAGCCGUAUUGAAGCAGUGGCCUCCAGCUCCCUGCAGGGCCUGAGGCGCCUGCGCUCACUUAGCCUGCAGGCUAACCGAGUGCGCAUGGUGCACACCGGUGCCUUCCGCGACUGCGGUGCCCUGGAGUACCUACUGCUCAAUGACAACCUGCUAGCCGAGUUACCUGCUGAUGCCUUCCGUGGCCUGCGCCGCCUGCACACUCUCAACCUGGGUGGAAACUCCCUGGGCCAUGUGGCGCGCACAUGGUUUGCCAACCUGGCUGAACUCGAGCUGCUCUACCUGGAUCGCAACAGCAUCACCUUUGUGGAGGAGGGUGCCUUCCAGAACCUCUCAGGCCUCCUUGCUCUACACCUGAAUGGCAACCACCUCACCGUGCUCACCUGGGCUGUCUUCCAGCCUGGCUUCUUCCUGGGCCACCUCUUUCUUUUCCGCAACCCAUGGCACUGUGACUGUGGCCUGGAGUGGCUGCGAGACUGGAUGGAGAGCUCUGGGCAUGUCACCGAUGUGCCUUGUGCCUCUCCGGGCUCUGUGGCCGGCCUGGACCUCAGCCAGGUGGCCUUUGGGCACUCUUCUGAUGGCCUCUGUAUGGACCCUGAGGAUCUGAACCUCAUUGCAUCCAGCCCAGGCCCACCUUCAGAGCCAGUGGCUACUACUGUGAACAUGUUCAGCAGUCUUCUCUCCAAGCUGCUGGCUCCAAUGGCCCCAGUGGAGGAGUCGACCAACAUCACCACAGGGCCAGUCAAUGCCUCGCUGUCUGAUAUCCUUCCCUCGGUUGGGGUGGGAAGCUCAGGCCACAACACCUUAUUUCUCUUUGGCUCUAGUCUCCUGCUCAGUGUGGCCCAGCACAUGGUGUUUGUCCUACAGACAUGCUGA